UCCCCGGGCCGGCUGACCAUGCUCGGCCGCUCCCGGGUGUGAGGUGUGACCGGGCCGGGGCCGGGCCUGGCCGGGGCCGGGCAGGGGAGGCUGGAGCCGGCCGCUCACCAUGGGCUGCGCCCCGAGUAUCCAUGUGUCCCAGAGCGGGGUGGUUUACUGCCGGGACUCGGACGGUUCCAACUCCCCGCAUCAAACCACCGCGGCCUCCCAGCAGAGCGGAGCCCUGGCAGGCUUCCUCAUCAGGACAGAGCGCUCCAGCUCCGGCUCUGGCUGCCGGCCCCUGGCCAACAAGGAGCAGCGGGACCCCGGCCACAGCAUCCAGGAGGAGAGCCAGGCCAACCGGAGCCGGGCCAAGGGAGCAGUGACUGAAGUUCAGUUUGGACCAAUGAAGAUCCAUCAGGAUCCCAUUCAGGUACUUCUAGUGUUUGCCAAGGAAGAUAGCCAGAGUACUGGAUUCUGGUGGGCGUGUGACAGGGCGGGGUACAAGUGCAAUGUGGUACAGACGCCAGAGGCUGCACUGGAAUGUUUCUUAGACAAGGAUCAUGAGAUCAUCAUCAUAGAUCAUAGACAUUCCACAUACUUUGAUGCAGAAGCGCUGUGUCGAUCCAUCAGAGCAACAAAGUCGUCAGAAAAUGCUGUCAUUGUUGCUGUUGCGAAACGACCACAAGGGGAUCAGGAGGAGAGCUCAGUGAUGCCACUAAUUGCUGCAGGCUUCACACGGUGGUACAUUGAAAAUCCCAGUAUCAUUGCCUGUUACAAUGAACUGAUCCAGUUGGAGUUUGGAGAAGUACGUGCACAGUUCAAACUGAGGGCAUGUAGUGCAAUCUUCACAGCUUUGGAACAAAGUCAAGAAUCAAUAGAAAUUACAAGCGAAGAUAAUAUUAUUCAGUAUGUGAAUCCUACAUUUGAAGUGAUGAUGGGCUACCAGCGAGAGGAAUUGAUUGGGAAGGAGCUAACAGAAGUGCCUAAAAGCGAUAAAAAUAAAACUGAUCUUUUAGACACGAUCAACUCCUAUAUUAAAAAAGGAAAGGAGUGGCAAGGAAUGUACUAUGGCAGAAAGCGAAAUGGAGACAGUGUACAACAAAAUGUGAAGAUAACUCCUGUCACAGGACAGGGAGGGAAAAUUAGACACUAUGUGUCUAUUAAGAGACCAUAUAAUGAAAACAAGGCUGACAAAUCUCAGUUAUGUGAUCGGGUUCAGGCCGAAUCCCAAACAGACAUCCAUACUUGUAAACACAAAGACAGGAGGAAAAGUUCAGAUGUCCGAUCCAACACUUCACGGGGGAGCGAUGGUAGCUCCCAAUUCAGAAGAUCCUCUAUUGCUAGGAUACAUUCCAUGACCAUUGAAGCUCCCAUUACCAAGGUAAUAAAUAUCAUAAAUGUUGCACAAGAGAGCAGCUCAGAGCCAGUGGCCGAAGCUUUGGAUCGUGUGCUAGAAAUUCUUCGAACCACAGAGCUAUACUCUCCACAGCUUGGAAACAAGGAUGAUGACCCACAUGCCAGUGAUCUGGUCGACGGGCUAAUGUCUGACGGUUUGCGGAGACUGUCUGGAAAUGAAUAUAUCUUCACCAAAAAUGCCCACACUACUCUCACUCAUCUUCAUAUUCCUGUCUCGCUCCAUGAUAUCCCCCCAAGGAUAACUGAAACGAUGGAAAAUGAGGAUUCCUGGGACUUUGAUAUAUUUGAAUUGGAGGCUGCAACACACAAAAGGCCUCUGGUCUACCUUGGAUUGAAAACAUUUUCACGCUUUGGAGUCUGUGAAUUUUUAAACUGUUCUGAAUCAGUAUUACGGUCCUGGUUACAAGUUAUUGAAGCAAAUUACCACUCCUUGAAUUCCUACCACAACUCAACGCACUCUGCAGAUGUGCUGCAUGCAACUGCUUAUUUCCUUUGUAAGGAAAGAGUUAAGCAAAGCUUGGACCGAACUGAUGAGGUGGCAGCUCUCAUUGCAGCCACAGUACAUGAUGUUGAUCACCCCGGCAGAACAAACUCUUUCCUGUGCAAUGCAGGCAGUGAACUGGCACUCCUUUACAACGAUACGGCAGUGCUGGAGAGCCACCAUGCGGCACUGGCAUUCCAACUGACUACACGGGAUGACAAGUGUAACAUCUUCAAGAAUAUGGAGAGGAAUGAAUACCGGACACUCCGACAAGCUAUUAUCGACAUGGUCCUUGCAACAGAGAUGACAAAACACUUUGAACACGUCAACAAAUUUGUAAACAGCAUCAACAAGCCUUUGGCUGGACUGGAGGAGAAUAGUUCUGGGAAUGGUGGCAGUAAUGAAGAUCCGUGUAAUAUCAUCCUCACCUCCCCUGAAAACCGAAUUCUAAUCAAACGUAUGUUGAUAAAAUGUGCGGAUAUCUCCAAUCCCUGCCGACCCCUGGACCUUUGUAUCGAGUGGGCUGCACGUAUUUCAGAGGAGUACUUUGCUCAGACCGAUGAGGAGAAGCGACAAGGGUUACCUGUGGUAAUGCCCGUGUUUGAUCGAAACACCUGCAGCAUUCCCAAGUCUCAAAUCUCCUUCAUUGAUUACUUUAUAACGGAUAUGUUUGAUGCCUGGGAUGUGUUUGCUGACCUGCCCAACUUGAUCCAGUACUUGGCAACUAACUUCAAAUAUUGGAAGUCUCUGGAUGAACAGAAGCUGCGCUCUCUCCGUCCUCCUGAGCAGUGACCAGGCCAUGAACUGCCCGGAUACAUUCAGACUCAUCGUCAUUUGUUCAAGUUCUGCACUGCUUUCCGUUGGAUUUAUUCAAAAUGAGGCAAAGCCAAAUGUGACAUCCCAAGGGAAAUAUGGAAGUAGGAAAGCUUUGCUGCUACUUGGCUGUCUGUUUUUACACUGGAUUGAUGCUGUGUAACCCUGCUCCAGUGUAAGUUCCCUAGCAGGACUGACAAGAAAAAAACAGUUUGUGUUUGACCCUCUGAAUCAGCUGCUGCAGAACAUUGUUACACAAUUUUAAAAACUCAGUCUAACAGUGUAGCUACUUUCUUUUUUAGUGUUGGGAAUGUAUUGGGUACCUGUGUGUUUAUUACGGAACAGUUUGAGUCAGAGAUUGUCUCAUCACCUGCACAGAGAGACCCACAAAACAAAUCUGUGCCACCAAGAAAUGCAAAGACAUGAAGGAAACCUCAGCAUGUAGUGAAAUGUAUCCUGUUUAUUUUUCAGAUCUAUUCGAAGAAGCACUCCCUCCUCCCUCAGCACUACUGAUCCUGGUUUAUAAGUUUGAAGAAAAAAAUAUAUAUAUGUGAAUCUAGGAGCAAAUGUUUAAAAAAAAAAGCUUUUCAAACAUGAUCAUUAACUAUUAUGAUUUAGAUGAUCUGUUUAUUUAUUUUGUUAGAUGUUUAAUAUUUUCUAUGAAUUUAUAUAAAUACUAAAGCCAAAGCCAACUUUCGAAUGACAUAAAUUGACUUGAUUCAGA